AUGUCCGCCAACGGAAACGAGAACUCGAUCCCGCACAUUCCGCCGCAACAGUUCGGAAGAGGCAACGACGUGCCGGUGAUCGGAGGCGGCGGAAGGGACCGACGGUGCGAGAUCUACAAGUUCACUUCGGAUCAGCCGUUGUACGCCUCCGCGUGGAGCAACAAGGGCAACAUUAAAUUCCGGCUCGCCGUCGGAACCGUCUCCGAUGUGGCCGCCAAUCCGAAGGCUGCCAAUAAGGUGAGAAUCAACAAUUUUUGUUAAAACUGCGAGCAACCUACAACCGCCCGGCGGUCAAAAGUGUAGAAAGGGGCGUGGCCUAGCGUGCACGGUUUAUCAUCAUUUUGGCGCGAAAUUCAAGUUUUAACCCCAUUUUUCAUGUUUUUCGUCAAAAAUGACUCAAAUUCUGCACGGUUUCGACGAUGUAAAUGCAAAAAUUUAUGAAGUUCAUCAAUGCGCACCUUUUGGGCCUAAAACGAGCAGAUUUCGUUCAGAAAUUAAAAUGGUGAAUCGAUUUUCAGAUUUGUGCUGAAAAUGCUCGAAUUUCUGUAAUUUCUCAAUAAUUUUUCUGCUCGAACGCUCAAAAUGCUUUUAUUUUCGUGCUUUAUCAUUUCCGACACUCAUUUUGUCUGGAAACUGUCAAGUUCGGCCGGUAUAAAAACUCAGAAUUUGCGGCAUCGAAUGACUGCGGAGAGAAUAUUUCGAAAAAUGCGAAAAACGUCUCGCACGCUUAGUUUUUACCGAAAUUUGAUUGUUUUCUCUUUGAAAUGUCUUCUUUCCUCGAUAUUUAACACAAAAAUAGCGAAAAAAUGCUGAAAUUGCCGUAAACGCAUCUCAGCGCAGGCCACGCCCCUUUCUACACUUUUGGUCGCCGCAUGCAACCUUCAUUUGAAGCAUUCUCAAUCUCUUGUUAGAUUCUAUACAAUAUUUGUAGUGUUAUCAGAGUCAGAAUCCCGUGAAUAAAUUAAUUUGAUUGCAGGUCUCAAUCGUCCAACUGCGCGACGAGUCGGAGCUCGUGGAGACUACAAGUUUCCCGAUGGAAUUCCCGGCCAAUGCUGUCGGGUUCAUUCCAGACAGCGAUAAUACGUAUCCGGAUCUUCUGGCCACCACCUCCGACUGUCUCCGUCUCUGGAGAAUCGUCGACGGAAAAGCGCAGCCGGACGCCGUGAUGAGCAACGUAAGUGUUUCGGUUUUGGACUUCUCUUAAGUCUUCUCUGCCUGUCCAGAACACUCAGUACGGAUCACCGCUGACGAGCUUCGACUGGAAUGAGCUAGAGCCGCGAUUCAUCGGAGUGUCGAGUGUCGACACCACGUGCACCAUCUAUGACGUGGAAGUCGGCACCGCCAUCGGAUCCACCCGACCGACCAGUGCGUUCUCGGUCAAGACGCAGCUGAUUGCACACGACAAGCCGGUGCAUGACAUUGAGUUCUCGAAGAUCAACGGAGGACGCGAUCAUUUCGCGACUGUCGGUGAGUACCGUACCCUAUUUCGUUGCCUUUCAAGUACGUUUUGUGUUCAGGAGCCGACGGCAGCGCCCGAAUGUUCGAUCUACGUCAUCUGAACCACUCGACGAUCGUCUACGAGGAUCCGAACAAGGAGAAGCUGCAGCGGCUGUCGUGGAACAAGCAGGAGCACUACUUCCUGGCGCUCUUCGCCGAGAACAGUCAGGAGGUGCAGAUUCUGGACAUCCGCAUGCCGUGCAACAUCCUCUGCCGCCUACGCAACCACACGGGUCCGGUCAACGGAAUCGCGUGGGCUCCGCACAGUCCGCACCACAUUUGCACCGCCGGAGACGACUCGCAGGCGCUGAUCUGGGAUCUCCAGCACGUGCCACGACCCAUCGACGACCCGAUUCUUGCCUAUUCGGCUGGCGGAGAGGUUAGUUCGUCUGCGGUCCCAUUGAUUACAGUCAACAUUUCAGGUGAACCAAAUCCACUGGGGACCAGUGCACAGCAACUGGAUCGCCAUCUGCUUCAACAAAACCCUUGAGAUUCUGAGAGUCUAACUCUCUUUUAUAAUUAUAUUGUAUUUGUGUUAUUUGUUGCACCACAUUCCCCGAAUUCCAAAAUUCAAAUCUCGUAUUUUUGUUGUGACCCACUUCCAUCAUUUUUUUAUAUCUUAGAUCUCAGUUCUCAUCCCUUUCAUUUAUAUUUUUUUAAACUUAACUUUCCAAUUGUGAUUUUGUCGGUAUCUUGCCGCAAGUCAUCUCAGGAGUUCGACCAAAAAUAGAUAUUUUUCAUUUUUCUACCCUUUUUCAUUGAUUCUCUGAACCGGUAUUGAAUGGCCGGCCACUUGUACCUAUCGCUUUUCGACUGAUUUCAGACUCGAACCCGUUGAUUCAGAGAAAAUUCUUCCGACACAUCAUCACGCGAAGCAGCGGCCGCAGCUGCAAACAGCCGAAGACUUUCGGUUCGUUCCGAGAGCACCGCCCGUGCCCGCCACGUCACACUCGGCUAUUGUGAGUCUUUUGCUGAAAAGAAAAGGCGGAAAUGUGUUAGAAACGAAGGAGGCACGUUUUUAUGACACUUUUAUUGGUCACGGGGAACACACCUCUGCGGUUCCAUCCUUUUUGAAUAUUAUUCAUCAGAUGAAAGUGGAACUGUUUGUCCAACCACUCUUGGGACUAAAGUAUUCAUGAGCUACCGUAGUCCUGCCUAUGAGAGUGGUCCUUUAUUUUGAAGAGCGCUGAAGACCCGACUGAUAUGUAAAAUCCCGCAGAAAAAUGGCAUUUCCAAAAGUCACCUGACGAUUUCAUAACUUUCCAGACUCCUCGAAUGAUCGAUCAGUCGCAGACGGCGCCCUCCUCCUCGUCGGCGUCCUCCUCUCAUCUGAUGCACCAUCCACACAACUUCACCACCUACAACAGCCAUCCGAACGCCUCCUCCUCCUCGAUCCCCCACAACAGCAUGGGCCAUCCGAACGUCGGACAGCCGCGGAUGGAUCCGUUCAAUCAAAUGCCCACCGAUCUGUACGGAUCCUCUUCGUCCUCUUCGAUACGGCAUCCGCAGUACCGUCCGAUGAUGUCUCAGAUGCCUGCCAACGACAUGGGCGCCUCCACGUCGGCGAUGCAUUCAAUACAGCAACAACCGGUGGACAUUUAUGAUGUAAGUGUUCAAAACAAUUCAUUUGACUCCUGAUCUAACCUGGUCCGUUCUCAGAACUACGGCAAUGCGAGUACUUCCGACAUGAGGAGGAGCAGUGUCCGGGGCGAUCCGCGACGGAAAGAGAUCUACGCCUACAACGCCCCGUUCACAUUAUUCUCGCACGGAUGGAGUGCCGCCACGGAUCCGUCGCGCAAGUUCCGAUUGGCGGCUUCCAGUUUCAUCGAGGAGUACUCGAACAAGAUCCACAUUGUGCAGCUCGACGAGGAGGCCGGAGAGCUCGUGCAUCGGAGCACCUUCGACCAUCCGUACCCGGCCACGAAGAUCAUGUGGAUUCCGGAUCAAAAGGAAACUUUCCGGACUUGCUGGCCACGAGUGGAGACUACUUACGGUUGUGGAAAGUGAGUUUCAACGUGGAAAAGUCACCGAAAACGCAUUUCUAUGCACUUUUUUCCAGGUCGGCACUGACAACAAUGCCCGAAUCGAAUCCCUUCUGA